AGCAGUGAUAUGAAAUUUUGCAGCAAAACAAAACAAAAAUAAAUAAACAAAUUCUAUAUUUAAUUACAAAGCUUAAUAUUUGUGCUCACGCUCAUCCAUUGGGCUGCACAGUAAAUAAUGUUUGAUUAAAUAUUAAACAGUGCGAUGUUUAGUAACAAAAGUGCUUAGUGAAUGUGCGCACUUGUCCAUUGACCACCAAAUUAUACGCGGAGGAAAGCCUUGAAAAUCUUAACAACAAUGAGUUCUUUUUUUAAUAGUUUCAGCAAGUUUUCGAGUAAACGUGAAAACGCUAUUAAAGAAGCGCUCAUCAACACACUAAUAGAAAAUUCACGUGAAAUACAAUAUGAAGUUAAGCAAAGGGGGUGUGAAUGUUUGGAAUUAUGCGAAGCCACGAGCACUCUCUGUACAACAUUAGAAGCUGUUUUCCUGCAUGGACUGAAAGAUUCACUGCUUUGGAACACCAUCAAUGUCAUAGCUGGCGAUGAAGAACGGCGACCUGAGCCCAGUUUUUGGGCGCCAUUGUUAAUAUUUAUGCACAAGCAAGUCAUUGAGCAGAUCCAAUCGCUUUCCCAAAUCACUAGUGAAAUUGGUCAAUGUCGCGCUUGGAUACGCCUCUCACUCAAUGAAUCCCUUUUUUCCGCUUAUUUGAAUAAUAUGCGGAAAAGCAGUUCAUCGCUAAGUCCUUAUUAUAAAAAAUUUGCAUUGCUCAAAGACAAUGACGGCUUAGAAAUGGCUGCAAAAGCUAUGGAGGGCAUUGAAGCAUUUGUACAAUUUAAUUUACCCGUAAAUUCGAGUUUACUGAAUUAUUGGCCAGAUUAUGCUUUACAAUUAUCAGGGCUUUGGACGCCAGCUUUGAAGUCAUGUCCGAUAAGUAGUGGCGUUGAUAUCGCCGAUACGCUGGGCAUUGAAGAUGCAGAAGUAGCUGAAGCAAUGGUAACAUCACCAACUCCUCGACCGAUAUGCACUAAUGAAGCUUUUUCGCAAAAAAUCGAAAACUUGCCCAGUAUACAAUCACCAACCGCUGCUGAAAUUGCGGCACAACGCGAAAAUGUAGAUAUGCUCUUGAAAGCUGUUGAUGAAAUGCAAAUGAUAAGUGAGGAAAAUGCAGAUGAAGCAACCAACAGGGAAAAAAAUGUUGAAGGAGACAAUGAGUUUCCUCCAAAAGUUGGCAAAAUAAAGAAGAAGCGAAAAAAAUCGAGAGAACUCGCAGAGGCGCGUAUACAGGACUAUAUUACCGGUGAAGCAGGUUAUAAAACAGAGCCUACCACACCAGUUACACCUGGAAACUCUCUUAUGAAUUUAAUGCACACAUCGUGGUCCGCUGAUGAAACUUCCGCAUCCGAAUUGAAUACACCCGUCUUGGAGAGACCUUUAUACAGGCGUGCUUCGAGUAAUGCAAGUACGCUCAGCUAUAAUACCCUGCUGGGCAAACAUGAACGCGAAAAGCUGCAAAUACAAAUAAAAAACAAUGCAUUAACCGUUGCGCGGACAGCUGUGAAUCAUGUGAACGCGAAUGAUGUUGCUGAGCACGAAGGUGAUAACACCGGUAGUGAUUCGAAUGAUAGUCGUCUAACUUUAGAUUUUGAAGUAGUGCCAAACUCAAAUUUGGACAAAAUGAAUGUUAGUGAAAUACAAGAGAUGUUAGAACUGCUUUACAAGCUGGCACGACAACCAGGUUUGGAUGCACAGGGUUUUCUGUGUAAAUCUUGCCAACAUCCGCUGGGAAUUGGCUACUCAAAUUUUCAAGUUUGCGGCUUCAGUGGUAAUUAUUUCUGUGAUAACUGCAUGGACAUGGAACAGAUGAUGAUACCAGCAAAAAUCAUAUAUAAUUGGGAUUUUCGAAAGUAUGCUGUAUCGAAACGUGCUGCAGUUUUUUUAACCGAAUUUCGCAAUCAGCCCGUUAUUGAUUUAGAAGUAAAUGCUACUCCUCUGCUAUUCAAUCUACAUAAAUAUUUUUUUUUGCAGCUACUAAAUCCAGAGAUUUAUAAUGCCUCUGAUGCAAUGGCUGAUCUGCAGUCUUUGCGUAUACGUUUGAAUUUUUUGCGUGCCUACCUCUACACCUGUGAACCAAAAAGUAUACAACUACUGCAAUUACAAUUCUAUGGGCGCGAAUAUCUCUAUGAGCACAUACAUUUAUAUUCCAUAAGUGAUUUGCAUUUAAUAUUGCGUGGUACACUCUAUCAACAGCUGCAGAAGGCUUUCAAAAUAGCCGAAGCACAUGUACUCAAGUGUCCAUUGUGCAGCGUGAAGGGCUUUAUUUGUGAAAUAUGCCAGAGUUCACGUGUGCUGUAUCCAUUUCACAUUGAAACCACAUAUAGGUGUGAAAUAUGCGGUGCUGUAUUUCAUGCGCAAUGUCUAAACGAUAAGCAGCCGUGCCCGAAAUGCGAGCGUAGGCGUAAACGAGAUGAGUUGAGUUUGGAGGAUAUAAACAUUGGUAGUAGCGUGCAAAGUUUGCCAUCAUCCUCAACUAUUGUGGCUGACGUUGUUGAACAAGGGUAGAGUAAUCGUGUGUGUUAAACGCGGAGGAUAGCAUCGGAAAUUGUUAAGAUUUCUUAGCAACAAAGCUUAGUAGUAAGCAAACACUUCUGAAUAAAAGUUAAAGGAUAAUAAAUGUACGGUGGAGUGAAGAGAUCUGUCUUAUAUCGGUUAAAAGUAUAUUAAAUAACUCCAAUUACUCAUUAAUAGUUUUGGUAUAAUUUUUACAAAACUCAUAUAUGCUUUACAAUUAUUUUAUGAUACAUACAAAUGUAAUUGUUAUUUACUCAAUAUAAGCACUGUAACGCAUAUUUGCACAUUGUAUACACGAAAACAAAACAAUAAAAAAUUUAUAUAAAUGUGCGCAAAAAAUAUUAAAGACAAAGCUUUGCUUUAAAUAAACGCUUAUGAUGAAAGCAAAUUACUUUAUAUUAAUUAUAAAUGUUAUACAUGUUACACAUAUAUAUAAGUAUAUAUGUUAUGUAAAAAUGUAUUAAAUAAAAAGCUAUACAUGUUGAUAUUUACAAUUCA